AUGGAAAUUGACCUUGGAGACUCUAGACACAUGGCUCACCGCAGGUUCCUUCUUUUGGAGGCGAGACUCACGAAGGAUCAGAAACUUUACGCUGAUUAUAAACAAUUUAUGCAGGAGUUCAUCGACCUGGGCCAUAUGGAACAAAUUGGCACGUUCAACCCAGUAGAGUUGCAAUCGGAAAAGCAGUAUUUUUUGCCGCAUCAUGCUGUCAAACGCCCAGAUAGUAGUACGACGAAACUCAGGGUGGUGUUCGAUGCUUCGGCUAAAACUAGCAAUGGAAAAUCGCUGAAUGAUCAACUUAUGGUGGGACCAACGUUGCAACCCCAGCUGGUCGAUACGCUGCUUCGCUUUCGAACGUACAAGGUCGCGGUCACAUCCGAUGUUUCGAAAAUGUUCCGACAAAUUUUAGUACGCAAAGAAGAUCGACGUUUCCAGCAGAUUCUUUGGAGAUCCAGUACCAAGGAUGAAAUCGGUGUUUAUCAGUUAACGACAGUUACCUAUGGUACUGCCAGCGCCCCGUUUUUGGCAGUCCGGACACUAAUGCAGAUUUGUGAAGAUGAAGCAGAGCAGUAUCCCCUUGCAGCAGAAGUUGGCAAGAAAUCGGUAUGCGUCGACGAUGUUUUAUUCGGUGCUGAUACGGUAGAGGAAGCACGAGAGUUGAAAGGGCAACUAGCUGCUAUGCUCGAAAAGGCAGGAUUCGAGUUGCAUAAGUGGUGCUCAAAUAGCAAAGAGGUGUUGGCUGAUAUUCCCGAAGCCAGGCUGGAGCAAAAGGUACUGCUGAACAAAGAAGGCCGAACUAAAACCCUUGGGUUAACUUGGCAACCCGAUGAAGAUGUAUUCAGUUUCGAAGUUAUGUCAAUUGCCUUUGAUGAAGGAGUACCGACCAAACGAACAAUUCUCUCAGACAUAUCAAAGUUAUUCGAUCCACUUGGCCUAGCAGGACCAGUUAUUAUGACGGGCAAACUCAUCAUGCAAGAACUAUGGAAAGAGAAACUAAAUUGGGACGAGCCGCUGGAAGCUGGUAUAGAAAACAGGUGGAACGAGUAUCGACUACAGUUACAGACGAUGAACACAAUUCGGAUUAGUCGCUGUGUACUUCCAUUGUUGCAAACAGAAUUUGUAGAACUUGCUGGGUUCUGUGAUGCAUCGCAGAAGGGCUACGGAGCAUGUUUGUACUUAAGGUCACGAAACUCGCAAGGUCAAAUCUCCAGUCGUUUACUAUGCUCAAAAUCUCGCGUCGCACCUAUCAAGGGAAAUCGAACCACGAUUCCGCGCCUAGAGCUAUGUGGAGCUCGUUUGCUCGCUCAAUUAGCAAAUAAUGUAAGACGAUCCCUACCAGUUACCGUGAACCGAGUUCGUUUUUGGUCCGACUCCACUAUUGCUCUCAGCUGGAUCAACACUUGCCCCAGUAAACUGGAUGUUUUUGUAUCAAACCGUGUCGCUGCAAUACAACAGCUGUCCGACCCAAGCGAAUGGUGUCACGUCAGCACGCAUGACAAUCCGGCAGAUUUGGUCUCACGUGGAAUUAUGCCCCAAGAGCUUCAUUCAUCUAAACUUUGGUGGUGUGGACCGCCAUUCCUACGUAAAAACGAUAUCGUCUGGCCAAAGGGAGUGCAGCUGGUUGACCCAAUGCAGCUGCCAGAAUUGAUCCAGGUUACCGCCAUGCCCGCAGUGGUCGAAAGGCUGCAUUUAUUCGACAAUUGCAGCAAGUACAACAUAAUGCUUCGAGUCGUCGCGCGUAUCAAGCGCAUGUUCCAGAAUCGUCAGCGUAGUGCAGAGAAUCAACGUCGUGGAGAGUUUAGCGCAGAGGAAAUGCGAUACGCCAAGCUUACAAUUGUUCGUCUCGUCCAGAAGGAGAGCUUUCCGGAAGUAUUCGCCCAAUUACGAGAGGAGGUAACAUCGAAGAACCAUUCGCUAAUACCGCUUUCUCCGUUUGUAGACAACCACGGACUACUGAGGGUCGGUGGACGUCUAUCGAAAUCGGCCUGCUCAUAUGAUACAAAACACCAGAUGAUCCUUCCCAAGAACCAUCCCGUCACAGGUGCAAUCAUCCGGUCUUUCCAUGAGUCCAAUAUGCACGCCGGUAUUCAGGUCACACUUGCUGCAACCAGAAGGGAAUUUUGGAUCAUCAGAGGAAGAAGCGUGGUCAAGCAGGUCAUCAAGAGCUGUGUCGUUUGUUUCAAGAGCAAUCCCCGUCCAAUUCAACAGUACAUGGGUGAUUUGCCAGCUUGCCGUGUGGAAGGACAGUAUCCGUUUUAUCGAGUCGGUAUCGAUCUCUGUGGACCAGUAUUCUUGAAGCAGCGCAAUAAACGUUCCACCGUCGAGUAUAAAGGAUGGAUUGUGCUUUACAUUUGUCUGGCAACAAAAGCGAUCCACCUCGAGUUGGUCAGCGAGUUAUCAACCGCAGCAUUUUUGGCAUCAUUCGAUCGUUUCGUUAGCCGUCGAGGUAGACCUAUUGCAGUUUGGACCGACAACGGCACAAAUUUUGUUGGCGCCGCUAAUUUGUUGAAAGAAUGGGAGAAGUUUUUUAAGAGUUUCGACAACCAAGACGACAUUCUACGAGCCUACGGCAACAGUGUCGAGUGGCACUUCAAUCCCCCAGAGGCACCGCACUUCGGCGGUAUUUGGGAAUCAAACAUCCGUCAAACCAAGGUGUUAUUGUUGAAGCAUACAGCAGCAGCAGCUCUGAGUUUCGAAGAGUUCUCAACCGUUUUGUGUCGAAUUGAAGCGGUUUUAAAUUCGAGACCGCUCACCCCGCUAUCGGACGACCCAGAGGAUUUUGAGGCGUUAACUCCGGGACACUUUUUGGUAUUUCGAUCUUUGAACGCUGUCGCACGUCCCGUAGUCAUCGAUCAACGUAAGCAUCCUAGGCAACGAAAUGAACACAUCACCGCUAUCAUUCAGCACUUCUGGAAUCGUUGGCAAUCGGAGUAUCUUUCGUCGCUACAAGUACGAUACAAGUGGCACAAGAAGGUAGAAGUCGAAGUAGGUCAACUUGUGCUCAUCAAAAAGGACAACAUGCCAGUUCAGAAAUGGCUACUUGGCCGUAUUAUCGAGGUCAUCCCUGGUACCGAAGGUGUUGUACGAGUCGUCGACGUCAAAACAGAGAAUGGAAUUUUGCGAAGACCUGUAUCGAAGCUGUGCUUUCUACCCAUCGACCCAGAGCAGAGUUUCGAAAGGGACACCUUUCAACGGCGGGAGGAUGUUCAGAAUAAUCUGAUCGAAUCGGCAUCACUGCAAUAA